AUGUCAAACCAACCUGCCCCUGCUCGUCCAUGGUUCCGUUUGCCAUCAAUAGCUCGGCCAACUGCCCCUACAACAACUCCAACUCCAGAGCCACCACCUCCACAACCCCGUCCAGCUCUUGCUCGACCUGCAUUUAGGCCAACUGCUCCACCUCAGCCAGUGCCGACACAGCCUCGAGAAACCACUCCUCCUGCUGCGACAGGACCACAGGCUGUAGCUGCUCCCACACCCGAACCAGUGCCACCUGUUUCCGGUGUUGCUUCAGUUCCAACAUCUCCAGUUGCAAGAGCUGCAGUUGGUGUUGCGUCAGUACCAACAUCUCCAGCUUCAAGGGCACCUGCUCCUUCAUCUUCAGUGCCCACUUCUCCUGUCCCAACUUCCGCAGUGCUUCCACUCACCACCUCUUCACUUCCACCUUCUCCAACCCCCAAACCAGCACCAACUUCCUCUUCGGUUCCAACCUCUCCUGCCACUAAGCCAAUGACCACCACAUCCUCAGUGCCCACUUCCCCUGCCCCUAAGCCAGUGACAACCACAUCCUCAGUGCCAACUUCUUAUGCCUCUAAGUCAGUGACAGUCACAUCCUCAGUGCAAAAUUCUCCAGCUACUAAAGCUGUAACCACCAAUGCAACUCGUGUGCCUAGCCCUGGACCAUCUCUAAGAACCAUCAAGCCAGCAGUUCAAACCCCACCUCAAUCACCAAAGCCUAGGCCCACUGCUCCACCACCUUCUCCUCUAACACUUCCACCUUCCCAAGUAAAAUCUUAUGCAGAUCUCGAACCCAAGAUUCCAUUAGUGGCAGAGCAAAAAACCGUGUUGGUUCAAAAGACUUUUGACAAGCCUAAGGUGGCGCGCGAUUCACAGAGGGACUUUGCAGACAGUCUCAGCUCUGGCAUCGCUCGUCUUGCAAAGCAAGAAACUACUAAAGAUGUUCAAACAAAGGAGAAAGGUAACCGCAAGAAGAAUUCUUCAGAUUCUGAGGAUGGUGGCAUGAAGGUAAUUACAAUUGCCGGUGAAAACAAAGGUGCUUUCAUGGAAGUUAUCCGUUCUCCCAAGAAACAAGUUUUUGAAGGAACUUCUCAUUUUCUCCACAAGAAGGGUAAUCCUAAAAGUGAAGGCAGUGACAGCAGCAGUAGCGAGGAAGGCAACAGCAAGAAGAAGGACAAGAACCCCAAUGGAAAAGCAAUGGGGCCAUCUCCUUUGAGUUCAUUUAUGAACAGUAAUGUGCAAGGUGUUAACAAUUCAAUCGUUUACAAUUCUUCAUGCAGCCAUCAUGAUCCUGGGGUGCAUGUUGCUCUCUCUCGGAAACCUGCUGGAGCUGCUGCAUUCCAUGUCAAGGACCAUGGCAAUGACAACCAGAGUUAA